UCCAACGUGUGCGCAGCCUUACACAAGUAACACGCGCAAACCUGAUCACAAGUUUUUAUAUACGCCAAACAGUAUCAAAUAGUGAGUGGUGAAACGCGAAGACAACAAUAUAUUUACCGCCUAACAAACCUUCUCUGGAGCAUUUUUUUAUUCGAGCACAGUUUCUACACAAACUUUAUUCAGAAUGAAAACUAUAAUCUUAGGAUUAUGCUUGUUCGGAGCACUUUUUUGGAGCUCUCAAUCUAUGCCAGUCAGUGAUGUCGUGCCACCUGCUGUACCUUCUGAUACCGAAGUUGAUUCUCAAAAGCCAUUAGUCUCUAAUUCAGAAAAUGUUGCUGAAAUUCCAGCAAACGAUGCUAAUCCUAAAUCUGAUGUCAAACCCGAGGCUGAAACUAAGCCUGCUGCUGAAGCCAAACCCGUAGAUGAAAUUAAACCUUCAGAUGCUAAAUCUGAAAGUGAACUAAAAUCUACAAUCGAAGAGAAAUCAGAAAUUGCUAAGAGCGAUUUACAAAAACGAAAUGAAUUAGUUCAAGCAUCAAGUGCUCCCGCUGAAGAAAAAGAAAUUAAAAAAGAAAAAAUCACAUUGGCUGAUGCUGUAGAAGGCCCAAGAUCCGAUCUUGAAGCUCCAUCAGCAUCUGAAACUAAAUCUAUCAGUGAAACUAAAGCUGAACCAGAAGCCAUAAAACCUAAUAAUGAAGUACCAGUUGCUUUACCACUGAACCCCACUGAAGCAAAGGACACUAAGUCUGCAACAUUGACUGAUAUUAAACAAGAAGAAAAAGCAGCCGCAGCUAUAUUGGCAGAUCCUAUCCCAGCUGCUGCUACAGCUCCCAUACUUCCUGUUGCUGAAGAACCAAAGCUUUCUGAAUCCAUACCUGUAUUGGACACCAAGAUACCUGAUCAAUCAGCUAAACUUUUGGAAUCUGAAUCAAUUAAGCCAGCAGAAGACACUAUAACAGCUGCCAGUGCUAUUUCUGAAACUAAAGUAAAUCCCUCAGUGCCCGCCGCUGAUGCACCUGCUUCCUCAGAGGUAGAUCAAACCAAGCAACCUAGUCCAGCUCCUUCAACCGUAAUUGAAGUUGAAUCAAGUGAAAACAGUCCCAAAUCUGAAGCUAUUCAACCCGCAAUCAUCCCAAAGGAAGAAAAAAAACCUAUCGAAGAAGUUAAACCAGCCGAACAACAAAGAUCUGAACCUCAAAUAGAAGAGACCAAACCAGCUGAACAACCAAAAUCAGAAACUAAGCCAGCUGAACUACCAAAAUCAGAAACUAAACCAGCUGAACUACCAAAAUCAGAAACUAAACCAGCUGAACUACCAAAAUCAGAAACUAAGGCAGACGCAGCUAAGCCAGCAGAACAAACAAAAUCUGAAAUUGAGCCAGAAGCUGUUAAACCAAACGAAGAAAAAAAGUCCGAAACUGCAUCCAGUGAUGAGAAAAAAGAACAUUCAGUAAAUAAACGUGAUGCUCUUAAGGAAAAAAAACUCACUGAAACCUAUAAGAAGGAAGAUAAAAAACAAAAACAAAAGAAAGCAAACUAAUUUAUCCAAUUGACAAAGACUGAAUAGCAACACAAAACGAAUCAUCCACCAAACGGGUUAUAUAAAUAACAACCAGGGGAAACACUAAAAUAACUAUAAUUCAAUUUUCAAAGACAAAUUUUGAAUUUCAUAAAAACAAAGCAGGUCAAGUUAACACGAUUAGCGUCAUCUUCGUGGAAAAAUCACUCUUAGAUUUGUUUAGGUAUAAUUAGGUUAAUUAAAAUUAUUUAUUUAUUCUUUUUAUAAUUUAUAAAAUAAUUAUCUUUUUUUAUUGAUUUGUAAUAGAAUCAUGAAUUGCUAUUUA